GGUCUAAUUAAUGAAGCUCCAUCGAUCGGCCCAUGUGGAGACUCAAUGUCAAGUUUCUCCGAGUACAUUACGGUAUUUUUGUAAGGUAUAUACACAUACCGCAUCUACCAGUCAACUAACUGGGUCAGGUCUUUGGAAGAACAUGAUUCUUGAACAUUAAUACUGCAUAUCAUUUUUAUGCAAGAAGGAUCCAUCGAAACUUGCAGCUAAGGAACGGAACAUCGGAUUCUGAGGGGGAACAUAUAUGAUUGUAUAUACUACAAUUCUUUUACUCUUGGAAGAAUACAAUAUUUGACCAUUCUGUGCAUUUUCUGCGGUCUGUGUUUGACGUUUCAGAAAUUUGGAAUAACUAGCCUUAAUCAACGGUGUUUCUUUUCGCUCAUCAGUGUAAAUUUGUUUCGUUGGACCUGGAAUUUUAUAUCAAAUCAGAAGACUAUUGAAUUUCAUAAAGGAUUUGUAUCAUUUUUGACGGCAUUCCCAACAUUAUCCGAUGACUGAUCUGUGACUGAUAUGCGACCCGCCUCGCGGCAAGAAAGGUGUCAUGGGUGCAGACCGAGUGUUGGCGCUCUUUACUAUUUUAUUCUGGUUCUUAUCCAUUGUUGAAGCCUACGACCCAUUCCACUAUGAUCCCAAUGACCCUUGUUUCAGAAGAUGUACCCGUUACUACGCUCCGGUCUGUGGGUCAGAUGGAGAGACCUACUACAGUAUAUGCGUUCUAUUCUCCAUAAAGUGCCAUAGAAAAGACCCAGACCUCGCUGUUGCGUAUCAAGGGAGAUGUAGAACACGGCAUCCCGCAGUAUUACCAGAAGAAGACUGUCCUCGUGAGUGUCCCGACAUAGUAUCUCCGGUCUGCGGCAGUGAUGGGCGAACCUAUGACAAUCCAUGCUUACUGGGUGCUAUGGCAUGCGAAACAAAGACACCAUCAUUAGUCAAGAUUAAUGAUGGAUACUGCGAUCAAGAAGGUUUAGGAGGUAGAUGUCCACUGGAGUACAAGGGAAAAUACAAACCGGUAUGCGGUCGGGAUGGUAAAACAUACGUCAACCAAGGAAUACUACAGAUCACAGCCUGCGUACAAAACGACCCAAACCUUGCCUCUCAGGCGCAUAAAGGGGAAUGUGAAUUUAAAGGGAGGCGGAAAAGACGGAAAUGUCGGAAACCGGCAUGUGAUAUGAACUACGAUCCCGUGUGCGGGACGGACGGAAAGACAUAUUUCAACAAAUGCUUCAUGGACUACUUUGCUUGCAGGAGGGACAUGGAUACAAUGAGGCUCCUUUACCUAGGUGUCUGCAGACAAGAAGUUGUUGUUCUUCUGACCAGACCAACACGUGGCCCAACUCUAACAACACCAGACGGAGGACGGGUUACAAAUCUACUUCCGGGUCCACUUUCCAAGUCAACACCAAAGACAAGAAUAGAGGCAGAAACACAAGCUCCAGAAUUAAUAACAAUCCCAACCACAGCAACUCCGUCGACAACUGCGACUACUACAAGAGCAGAUAUCACACCAUCAACGGUACACACAGCAAUGGAAACAACGCCAACCACAUCUACUCCACCAGCAUUACAGACUACUCCGACAACAGCCAUACAGUCUUCUCCAACAUCAUCAGUAGAAACUUCACCGACAACAGAAAGAGAAGAAACGACGUCAAUUGCAUCUACUCCAUCAACAAAACGACCUGCUUCAACAACCUUAAUAGAAGAAAAAACAUUCACAACACCAAUAACAGAAACUUCGCCGACCACGAUGCAGGCUUCGUCGACUUCAAUGAUUGAUGGUACAACGGCAGUUACAGAAAAGGAAGAAACUUCGCUGACAACAUCUACCCCAUCAGCAACACAGUCUACUCCAACAACAUUGAUUGAAGAUGCAACAUCACCAACAGAGGUAGAUGAAACUGCACCGACAGCAUCUACCCCAUCAGCAACACAGUCUACUCCAACAACACUGAUUGAAGAUGCAACAUCACCAACAGAGGUAGAUGAAACUGCACCGACAACAUCUACCCCAUCAGCAACACAGUCUACUCCAACAACACUGAUUGAAGAUGCAACAUCACCAACAGAAGUAGAUGAAACUACACCGACAACAUCUACCGCAUCAGCAGCACAGUCUACUCCAACAACGCAGGUUACAGAAGAAGAAACUGCACCGGCAACAUCCACCCCACCAGCAAUACAGUCUACUCCAACAACACUAAUUGAAGAUGCAACAUCACCAACAGAAGUAGAUGAAACUACACGGCCCACAUCAACGCCAUCAGCAACACACUUUACUCCAACAACGCAGGUUACAGAAGAAGAAACUGCACCAGCAACAUCUACGCCAUCGGCAACACAGUCUACUCCAACUACACUGACAGAAGAUGCAACAUCACCAAUAGAAGUGGAUGAAAGUACAGCGACAACAUCUACCCCAUCAGCAAUACAGUCUACUCCAACAACAAUGACUGAAGAUAUGACAUCGGCAACAGAAUACAUAACUCUUUUAGAAGAUAAAACGUCGCCAACAGAAUUAGAUGAAACAACGCCGACAACAUCUACGCCAGCAGCACCACAGUCCACUCCAACAAUACAGGUUACAGAAGAAGAACCUUCACCGGCAACAUCUACCCCAUCAGCAAUACAGUCUACUCCAACUACACUGGCAGAAGAUGCAACAUCACCAAUAGAUGUAGAUGAAACUACGCCGACCACAUCUACCUCAUCAGCAACAACGUCUACUCCGCCGCCACCAUUCAUUGAAAAUACGACGUCGGUUAAAGAAGUAGAAAAAACUACGCCAACAAAGUCUACUCCAACAGAAAUACAGACUACUCCAACAACAUUUACUGAAGGAAGAACAUCACAGCCACAAACGACUUUGUUUACAAUAGAACCUACAAUUUCAGUAACACCGAUGUCUCCAACAAAUUUGAAAGUAGAAACGGAGGAACCUGGUUCCUUCAGCACUACUACUUCACCCACUCCACAAACAGACUUAGGUAAAAAUGCAACAGAACAACCACUCUUAGAAACAACCAUGGAUGGCAGCGGCAUGUCAUCUUCCCCAACAAUUGAAGUCCUGUCUACAACAUCAACAUUCUCUACUGUAGAGAAAGAAACAGAUUUAUCAUCGACAUAUAACCCUGUGAAUGUAACAAAGUCACCAGGAUUAGAUGUCACAACUGCUAAACCUCCAGGACUAAUCGUAGUGAAUCAGACAGCUGGUACUACUCCAACCGAGAAAAUGGUUACCGACUACUCUACAGAAAUCGUGAAGGACACAGAGCAACCAACGGUAGAAACAACGUUGUUUGGAUUGACUACUGAUGAGGGAAGUGGCACAGUGACUCCUUCUAGUGGUACCACUCCUUUAUACACAGAGUCGGAUACUGGUGUAACGCCUACGUCUUCUAAACACAGAGACACAUAUGUUACAACAGAAGAGCCCAGUUUUCUAAGUACUAGUUUAGUUGUUGAAGCGACAAGCCAAGAAUCGAAUGCAACUGAAAAACCAAUGUUUGAAACAACCACAGAAGGCAGCGGAUUGCCAUCUUCUCCAAUGACAGAAACAACAUCAGUGAUGGACAUGACGACUCCUAAGUCCCCAGAACUAAUUCAACAAAAUGAAACAAGGGCUGAUCCAGAAACAACAGCGACGGCUUCUUCUACAGACGUCAUCAUAGGCACAAGGCAACCAACGGUAGAAAUUACAUUACCUGGAUCAACUACUGAAGGGAGUGGUGAAGUGACAACCCUGGACGGACAGACGACUAUGUUUUCUAUAGAGUCUACUACUGCAAUAACACCGAUGUCUCCGACAGAUUUGACAGAAGAAACGGAGGAACCUAAUUUCCUAAGCACUACUUCUUCACCCAUACCUCGAACAGGCUUAGGUCAAAAUGCAACAGAACAACCACUCUUAGAAACAACUAUGGAUGGCAGCGGCAGGUCAUCUUCCCCAACAAUUGAAGUCCUGUCUACAACAUCAACAUUCUCUACUGUAGAGAAAGAAACAGAUUUAUCAUCGACAGAUACCCCUGUGAUUGUAACAAAGUCACCAAGUAUGGAUGUCACUACUGCUAAAUUUCCGGGAUCGAUCGUCCUGAAUGAGACAACUGAUACUACUCCAACUGAGAAAAUGGUUACCGAUUAUUCUCCGGAUCUCACUAAGGGAACAGAGCAAACAACGGAAGAAACAACGUUGUUUGGAUCGACUUCUGAGGGAAGUGGCACAAUGAUAGCCAUAGAUGUUACAACAGAGGAACCUAGUUUUUUAAGUACGAGUUUAAUUGAUGAAACAAUGGGCCCAGAAACAAAUGCAACAGAGAAACCGAUUUUUGAAACAACCAGAGAAGGCAGCGGAUUAUCGUCUACUCCACCGAUCGAAAUGUUAUCUACAACAUCAACAUCAACAUCAAUCAAGGACACAACAACAGCACUGCCUACAAUCGAAAUCAUGUCUGUCCAAACUACCAUUCUAACGGGGGAAUUGUCAUCAACCACUACAAUCCAGGAUGAAACUACAUCACCAGGGAUUGACAUGACUACUGCUAAGUCCCCGGAACAAAUUCUACAAAAUGAAACAAGUACUGAUCCAGUAGCAACAGCGACGGCUUCUUCUACAGAUGUCAUCACAGACACAAGGCAACCAACGGAAGAAGUGACAUUACCUGGAUCAACUACCGAAGGGAGUGGUGAAGUGACCACAGUGUACGGACAAACGACUUUGUUUGCUAUAGAGUCUACUACUGCAAUAACACCGAUGUCUCCGACAGAUGUGCCAGAAGAAACGGAGGAACCUAGUUUCCUAAGCACUACUACUUCACCCACUCCACAAACAGACUUAGGUAGAAAUGCAACAGAACAACCACUCUUAGAAACGACUAUGGUUGGCAGCGGCAUGUCAUCUUCCCCAACAAUUGAAGUCCUUUCUACAACAUCAUCAUUCUCUACCUUAGAGAAAGAAACAGAUUUAUCAUCGACGGAUACCCCUGUGAAUGUAACAAAGUCACCUAGGAUGGAUGUCACUACUGCUAGAUUUCCGGGAUCGAUUGUUCUGAAUGAGACAACUGAUACUACUCCAACUGAGAAAAUUGUUACUGAUUAUUCUCCGGACCUUACUAAAGGAACAGAGCAACCAACGGAAGAAACAACGUUGUUUGGACUGACUACCGAGGGAAGUGGAACAAUGAUAGACACAAAUGUAACAACAGAGGAACCUAGUUUGUUAAGUACUAGUUUAAUUGAUGAAACAAUGGGCCCAGAAACAAAUGCAACAGAGAAACCCAUGUUUGAUACAACCACAGAAGGCAGUGGACUGUCAUCUUCUCCACCGAUAGAAAUUCUAUCUACAACAUCAACAUCAACCAAGGACGAAAUAACAGCAUUGCCUACAAUCGAAAUCAUGUCUGUCCAAACUACCAUUCUAUCGGGUGAAUUGUCAUCAACCACUGCAAUCCAGGAUGAAACUACAUCACCAGGGAUUGACAUGACAACUGCUAAGUCCCCGGAACAAAUUCUACAAAAUGAAACAAGUACUGAUCCAGUAGCAACAGCGACGGCUUCUUCUACAGAUUUCAUCACAGGCACAAGGCAACCAACGGGAGAAGUUACAUUACCUGGAUCAACUACCGAAGGGAGUGGUGAAGUGACAACACUGUACGGACAGACGACUUCAUUUUCUAUAGAGUCUACCACUGCAGUAACACCGAUGUCUCAGAAAGAGACAGAUUUGACGGAAGAAACAACGGAGGAACCUAGUUUCCUAAGCACUAUUAGCUCACCCACUCCACAUACAGACUUAGGUAGAAAUGCAACAGAACAACCACUCUUAGAAACCACUAUGGAUGGUAGCGGCAUGUCAUCUUCCCCAACAAUUGAAGUCCUGUCUGCAACAUCAACAUUAUCUACCAUAGAGAAAGAAACAGCUUUAUCAUCGACAGCUAUGCCUGAGGAUGUUACAAAGUCACCUAGGAUGGAUGUCACUACUGCUAGAUUUCCGGGAUCAAUCCUCCUGAAUGAGACAACUGAUGAUACUCCAACUGAGAAAAUGGUUACCGAUUAUUCUCCGGAUCUCACUAAGGGAACAGAGCAAACAACGGAAGAAACAACGUUGUUUGGAUCGACUACUGAGGGAAGUGGCACAAUGAUAGCCAUAGAUGUAACAACAGAGGAACCUAGUUUGUUAAGUACUAGUUUAAUUGAUGAAACAAUGGGCCCAAAAACAAAUGCAACAGAGAAACCCAUGUUUGAAACAACCACAGAAGGCAGUGGACUGUCAUCUUCUCCACCGAUAGAAAUUCUAUCUACAACAUCAACAUCAACCAGGGAGGAAAAAACAGUAUUGCCUACAAUCGAAAUCAUGUCUGUCCAAACUACCAUUCUAUCGGGUGAAUUGUCAUCAACAACUACAAUCCAGAAUGAAACUACAUCAUCAGGGAUGGACAUGACGUCUGCUAAGUCCCCGGAACAAAUUCUACAAAAUGAAACAAGGGCUGAUCCAGAAACAACAGCGACGGCUUCUUCUACAGAUUUCAUCACAGACACAAGGCAACCAACGGAAGAAGUGACAUUACCUGGAUCAACUACCGAAGGGAGUGGUGAAGUGACCACACUGUACGGCCAGACGACUUUGUUUUCUAUAGAGUCUACUACUGCAGUAACACCGAUGUCUCCGACAGAUGUGACAGAAGAAACGGAGGAACCUAGUUUCCUAACCAUAACUACUUCACCCAUAUCUCGAUCAGGCUUAGGUCAAAAUGCAACAGAACAACCACUCUUUGAAACGACUCUGGAUGGUAGCGGCAUGUCAUCUUCAGCUACUAUUGACGUUCUGUCUACAACAUCAACGUUAUCUACCAAAGAGAAAGAAACAGAUUUAUUAUCGACAGCUAUGCCUGAGGAUGUUACAAACUCACCAAGGAUGGAUGUCACUACUGCUAGACUUCCGGGAUCAAUCGUCCUGAAUGAGACAACUGAUGAUUCUCCAACUGAGAAAAUGUUUACCGAUUAUUCUCCGGAUCUCACUAAGGGAACAGAGCAAACAACGGAAGAAACAACGUUGUUUGGAUCGACUACUGAGGGAAGUGGCACAAUGAUAGCCAUAGAUGUUACAACAAAGGAACCUAGUUUUUUAAGUACGAGUUUAAUUGAUGAAACAAUGGGCCCAGAAACAAAUGUAACAGAGAAACCAAUGUUUGAAACAACCACAGAAGGCAGUGGACUCUCAUCUUCUCCACCGAUAGAAAUGUUAUCUACAUCAUCAACAUCAACAUCAACCAAGGACGAAAAAACAGCACUGCCUACAAUCGAAAUUAUGUCUGUCCAAACUACCAUUACAACGGGUGAAUUGUCAUCAACCACUACAAUCCAGGAUGAAACUACAUCACCAGGGAUGGACAUGACAACUGCUAAGUCCCCAGAACAAAUUCUACAAAAUGAAACAAGAGCUUAUCCAGAAGCGACAGCGACGGCUUCUUCUACCGAUUUCAUCACAGACACAAGGCAACCAACGGUAGAAGUGACAUUUCCUGGAUCAACUACCGAAGGCAGUGGCGAAGUGACAACCUUGGACGGAAAAACGACUUCGUUUACAGUAGAUUAUACUACUGCAGUAACAUCGAUAUCUCCGAUCGAGAUAGAUGUGAAAGAAGAAACAGAAGAACCUAGUUUCUUAAGUACUACAACUUCACCCACUCACCGAACAGGCCUAGAUCGAAAUGCAACCGAACAACCACUCCUCGAAACGACUCUAGAUGGAAGCGGCAUAAUAUCAUCUUCACCAACAAUUGAGCUCCUGUCUUCAAAAUCAAAAUUCUCUACCGUAGAGGAAGCAACAGAUUUUCCGUCGACAACUAUGCCUGAGGAUGUAACAAAGUCACCAAGACUGGAAACCACAACUGCUAAAUUUCCGGGAAUAAUCGUACUGAAUGAGACAACGGAUACUACUCCGACCGAGAAAAUGGUUACCCAAUAUUCUGCAGCAAUCAGUACAGGCACGAUGCAACCAACGGUAGAAGUUACAUCCCCUGGAUCCACAACUGAGGGAAGUGGAGAAUUGACUACCUUGGAAGGACGAACUGGUUCGUAUGCAGAAGGGUCUACUACUGCAGUAACUCCGAUGUCUUCAACAAAGUUAGAUUUGAAAGAAGAAACCCAAGAACCCAGUUUCUUAAGAACCAGCACUUUACCCACCGCACGAACAGGCUUAAGGCAAAAUACAACAGAGGAACCGCUCUUUGAAACUACUUUCGAUGGUAGCGGCAUGUCAUCAUCCGAAACAACUGAAGUCCCGUCUACAACAUUAUUUCCCAAUAAGGAAACAACGGAUUUACCAUUGACAACUAAGGUUGAGGAUGUAACAAAAUUGGCAGCGGUGGAUGUAACGACUGCUAGACCUCCCGGUUUAAUAGUACUGAAUGAGACAUCUGGCACUCCUCCAACCGAUAAAAUGGGUACGGAUUUUUUUACAGACAUCACCACAGAGCAUCCAACAGUAGAAGUAACGUUAUAUGGAUCGACCUCUGAGGGAAGUGGAACAAUCACCCCUUCUAGUGGUACGACUACUUCAUACACAGAUUUGGAUUCUGGUGUAACAUCUACGCCUUCAAAAUCCAUAGACACAAAGGUUACAACAGAGGAGCCCAGCUUUCUAAGUACUAGUUUAAUCGUCGAAACGACGGGCCCAAAAACAAAUGGAACUGAGAAACCUACAUUCGAAGCAGGAACAGAAGGGAGCGGAUUGCUAUAUUCUCAAACGACUGAAAUGCUAUCUUCAACAUCCAAAUUAACAACCGAGGGCGAGUCAAGUCCAUCGCCAACCAUCGAAAUUACGUCUUUUGAAACUACCAUUCGUACAACUGAAUUUCCGUCAACCACUACACUUCAGGAUGAAACAACACCGCCAGGGAUGGGAAUAACUACUGCUAAGUCCCCAGAACUAAUUCAGCACAAUGAAACCAAGGCGGCUACAGAAGCAACAACGACAGGCUCUUAUACAUAUGUCAUCACAAGCACAAUGCAACCCAUGGUCGAAGUGACUUCGACUACUGAAGGCAGUGGUGAGAUGACUACCUUGGAGGAACGAACCGGUUUGUAUUCAGAAGGGUCUACUACUGCAGUAACUCCGAUGUCUUCAACAAAGUUAGAUUUGAAAGAAGAAACCCAAGAACCCAGUUUCUUAAGAACCAGCACUUCACCCACCGCACAAACAGGCUCAGGGCAGAAUGCAACAGAAGAACCGCUCUCUGAAACUACUUUCGAUGGUAGCGGCAUGUCAUCAUCCCAAACAACUGAAGUCCUGUCUACAACAUUAUUUCCCAAUGAAGAAGCAACAGAUUUACCUUUGACAACUAAGGUUGAGGAUGUAACAAAAUUGACCGUGAUGGAUGUAACGACUGCUAAAUCCCCAGGAUUAUUAGUAUUUAAUGAGACAACUGGCACUCCUCCAACCGACAAAAUGGGUACGGAUUAUUCUACAGACAUCACGACUGAGCAUCCAACAGUAGAAGUAACGUUAUAUGGAUCGACCUCUGAAGGAAGUGGUACAAAGACCCCUUCUAGUGGUACGACUACUUUAUACACAGAUUUGGAUUCUGGUGUAACAUCUAUGCCUUCAAAAUCCACAGACACAAAGGUUACAACAGAGGAACCCAGCUUUCUAAGUACUAGUGUAAUUAUCGAAACGACGUCCCCAGAAACAAAUGGAACUGAGAAACCUACACUCGAAGGAGAAACAGAAGGGAGCGGAUUGCUAUAUUCUCCAACGACUGAAAUGCUAUCUUCAACAUCCAAAUUUACAACUGAGGGCGAGUCAAGUCCAUCGCCAACCAUCGAAAUUACGUCUUUUGAAACUACCAUUCGUACAACUGAAUUUCCGUCAACCACUACACUUCAGGAUGAAACAACACCGCCAGGGAUGGGAAUGACUACUGCUAAGUCCCCAGAACUAAUUCAGCACAAUGAAACCAAGGCGGCUACAGAAGCAACAACGACAGGCUCUUAUACAUAUGUCAUCACAAGCACAAUGCAACCCAUGGUCGAAGUGACUUCGACUACUGAAGGCAGUGGUGAGAUGACUACCUUGGAGGAACGAACCGGUUUGUAUUCAGAAGGGUCUACUACUGCAGUAACUCCGAUGUCUUCAACAAAGUUAGAUUUGAAAGAAGAAACCCAAGAACCCAGUUUCUUAAGAACCAGCACUUCACCCACCGCACAAACAGGCUUAGGGCAGAAUGCAACAGAAGAACCGCUCUCUGAAACUACUUUCGAUGGUAGCGGCAUGUCAUCAUCCCAAACAACUGAAGUUCUGUCUACAACAUUAUUUCCCAAUGAAGAAGCAACAGAUUUACCUUUGACAACUAAGGUUGAGGAUGUAACAAAAUUGACCGUGAUGGAUGUAACGACUGCUAAAUCCCCAGGAUUAUUAGUACUUAAUGAGACAACUGGCACUCCUCCAACCGACAAAAUGGGUACGGAUUAUUCUACAGACAUCACCACUGGGCAUCCAACAGUAGAAGUAACAUUAUAUGGAUCGACCUCUGAAGGAAGUGGUACAAAGACCCCUUCUAGUGGUAUGACUACUUUAUACACAGAUUUGGAUUCUGGUGUAACAUAUAUGCCUUCAAAAUCCACAGACACAAAGGUUACAACAGAGGAGCCCGAUUUUCUAAGUACUAGUGUAAUUGUCGAAAUAACGGAUCCAGAAACAAAUGCGACUGUGAGACCUAUCUUUGGAACAACAACAGAAGGUAGUGGAUUAUCUUCUCCAACGACUGAAAGUUUAUCCUCAACAUCACGAUUCACUACCAAGGAAGGAACUACAUUGCAAACCAAUAAAAUCACGUCUGUGACCGGGUAUUCUACAGAACAAACUGCGGAGACAAAGGUACUAGUGACCGAUGUUACAUCAUUUGGAACGGCCUCUGAGGGAAGUGGCACAGUGACUACUUCUAGUGGAGUCACUACUGCAGACAAUCAAGAGUCGGUUACAGCUGUAACUCCUUCGUCUCCAAAACAGACGGAAUCGAAGAAAACAACAGAAGAACCUAGUUAUCUACGUACUACUGUUAUUGGUGAAACGACAGGCCCAGACAACACAGCAACAGAAGAGGAACUUUUCCAAACGACAAUGGAAGGAAGCGGAAUGGCAUCUUCCCCCACGAUUGAAAUUCUCUCUACAACAAUCACUAUUGAAGAGGGAUCAACGAUUUCCCCGUCAACAACUAUACUUGAAGAUGUAACGAAACCGCCAGUGGACGAUGUGGCUACUGCUAGACCUCCAGGACUUAUCAAACUAAAUGACACAACUAGCACUGCUUCAAUCGAAAAGAUGGUAACCGGGUAUUCUACAGAAGAAACUGCGGAGACAAAGGUACUAGUGACCGAUGUUACAUCAUUUGGAACGGCCUCUGAGGGAAGUGGCACAGUGACUACUUCUAGUGGAGUCACUACUGCAGACAAUCAACAGUCGGUUACAGCUGUAACUCCUUCGUCUCCAAAACAGACGGAAUCGAAGAAAACAACAGAAGAACCUAGUUAUCUACGUACUACUGUCAUUGGUGAAACGACAGGCCCAGACAACACAGCAACAGAGGAGGAACUUUUCCAAACGACAAUGGAAGGAAGCGGAAUGGCAUCUUCCCCCACGAUUGAAAUUCUUUCUACAACGAUCACUAUUGAAGAGGGAUCAACGAUUUCCCCGUCAACAACUAUACUUGAAGAUUUAACGAAAUCACCAGUGGACGAUGUGGCUACUGCUAGACCUCCAGGACUUAUCAAACUAAAUGACACAACUAGCACUGCUUCAAUCGAAAAAAUGGUAACCGGGUAUUCUACAGAACAAACUGCGGAGACAAAGGUACUAGUGACCGAUGUUACAUCAUUUGGAACGGCCUCUGAGGGAAGUGGCACAGUGACUACUUCUAGUGGAGUCACUACUGUAGACAAUCAAGAGUCGGUUACAGCUGUAACUCCUUCGUCUCCAAAACAGACGGAAUCGAAGAAAACAACAGAAGAACCUAGUUAUCUACAGACAACUGUCAUUGGUGAAACGACAGGCCCAGACAACACAGCAACAGAGAAGGAACUUUUCCAAACGACAAUGGAAGGAAGCGGAAUGGCACCUUCUCCCACGGUUGAAAUUCUUUCUACAACAAUCAGUAUUGAAGAGGAAGCAACGUUUUUCAUGUCAACAACUAUAGGCCAGGACAUAUCAAAAUCGCCAAUGGAAGAUGUGGCUACUCCUAGAUCACCUGGACUUAUCAAACUCAACGAGACAACUGUUACUGGGGAAACUGACAGAUUGGUGACCGAUUAUUCAACCGACCAAACAGGGGGCACAACACCGUCGCAAAGUAGUGUUAAUCCUACAUCUUCUAAACAGAUAGACUUGAAGGAAGCAACAGAAGAACCUAGUUAUAUUACUGUCAGUACUGAAAUGAGAGACUCAGAACAAACAGCAACACAGGAGCUAUUAUUCGAAACAACUAUGGAAGGAAGCGGAAUGUCAUCUUCCCCAACGAUUGAUAAUCUCUCUACAACAAUCACUAUUGAAGAGGGAUCAACGAUUUCCCCGUCAACAACUAUACUUGAAGAUGUAACGAAACCGCCAGUGGACGAUGUGGCUACUGCUAGACCUCCAGGACUUAUCAAACUAAAUGACACAACUAGCACUGCUUCAAUCGAAAAGAUGGUAACCGGGUAUUCUACAGAACAAACUGCGGAGACAAAGGUACUAGUGACCGAUGUUACAUCAUUUGGAACGGCCUCUGAGGGAAGUGGCACAGUGACUACUUCUAGUGGAGUCACUACUGCAGACAAUCAACAGUCGGUUACAGCUGUAACUCCUUCAUCUCCAAAACAGACGGAAUCGAAGAAAACAACAGAAGAACCUAGUUAUCUACGUACUACUGUCAUUGGUGAAACGACAGGCCCAGACAACACAGCAACAGAGGAGGAACUUUUCCAAACGACAAUGGAAGGAAGCGGAAUGGCAUCUUCCCCCACGAGUGAAAUUCUUUCUUCAACGAUCACUAUUGAAGAGGGAUCAACGAUUUCCCCGUCAACAACUAUACUUGAAGAUGUAACGAAACCGCCAGUGGACGAUGUGGCUACUGCUAGACCUCCAGGACUUAUCAAACUAAAUGACACAACUAGCACUGCUUCAAUCGAAAAGAUGGUAACCGGGUAUUCUACAGAACAAACUGUGGAGACAAAGGUACUAGUGACCGAUGUUACAUCAUUUGGAACGGCCUCUGAGGGAAGUGGCACAGUGACUUCUUCUAGUGGAGUCACUACUGUAGACAAUCAAGAGUCGGUUACAGCUGUAACUCCUUCGUCUCCAAAACAGACGGAAUCGAAGAAAACAACAGAAGAACCUAGUUAUCUACGUACUACUGUCAUUGGUGAAACGACAGGCCCAGACAACACAGCAACAGAGGAGGAACUUUUCCAAACGACAAUGGAAGGAAGCGGAAUGGCACCUUCUCCCACGGUUGAAAUUCUUUCUACAACAAUCAGUAUUGAAGAGGAAGCAACGUUUUUCAUGUCAACAACUAUAGGCCAGGACAUAUCAAAAUCGCCAAUGGAAGAUGUGGCUACUCCUAGAUCACCUGGACUUAUCAAACUCAACGAGACAACUGUUACUGGGGAAACUGACAGAUUGGUGACCGAUUAUUCAACCGACCAAACAGGGGGCACAACACCGUCGCAAAGUAGUGUUACUCCUACAUCUUCUAAACAGAUAGACUUGAAGGAAGCAACAGAAGAACCUAGUUAUAUUACUGUCAGUACUGAAAUGACAGACUCAGAACAAACAGCAACACAGGAGCUAUUAUUCGAAACAACUAUGGAAGGAAGCGGAAUUUCAUCUUCCCCAACGAUUGAUAAUCUCUCUACUACGAUCACUAUUGAAGAGGGAUCAACGAUUUCCCCGUCAACAACUAUACUUGAAGAUGUAACGAAACCGCCAGUGGACGAUGUGGCUACUGCUAGACCUCCAGGACUAAUAAAACUAAACGACACAACUAGCACUGCUUCAAUCGAAAAGAUGGUGACCGGGUAUUCUACAGAACAAACUGCAGAAACAAAGGUACUAGUGACCGAUGUGACAUCAUUUGGAAUUGCCUCUGAGGGAAGUGGCACAGUGACUACUUCUAGUGGAGUCACUACUGUAGACAAACAAGAGUCGGUUACAGCUGUAACUCCUUCGUCUCCAAAACAGACAGAAUCAAAGAAAACAACAGAAGAACCUAGUUAUCUACGUACUACUGUCAUAGGUGAAACGACAGGCCCGGACAACACAGCAACAGAGGAGGAACUUUUCCAAACGACAAUGGAAGGAAGCGGAAUGACACCUUCCCCCACGAUUGAAAUUCUUUCUACAACGAUCACUAUUGAAGAGGAAGCAACGAUGUCAAUGUCAACUAUAGGCAAGGAUAUAUCAAAAUCGCCAAUGAAAGAUGUUGCUACUCCUACAGCGCCUGGACUAAUCAAACUAAACGAGACAACUGUCACUGGGGAAACUGACAAAGUGGUGACAGAUUCUUCUACCGACCAAACAGGGGGCACACCACCGUCGCAAACUAGUGUAACUCCUACAUCUUCUAAACAGAUAGACUUGAAGGAAGCAACAGAAGAACCUAGUUAUAUUACUGUCAGUACUGAAAUGAGAGACUCAGAACAAACAGCAACACAGGAGCUAUUAUUCGAAACAACUAUGGAAGGAAGCGGAAUGUCAUCUUCCCCAACGAUUGAUAGUCUCUCUACAACUUUCACUAUUGAAAAGGAAUCAACGCCUACACCAGCAGGUUAUACUACAUAUGGAAUAACAAGCUCAAUACCAAUGGAAGUCCACACUACACCAUCAGCAAUCCCUACUGCAGAAGAAUCAACGAUUUCCCCGUCAACAACUAUAGACGAGGAUAUAUCAAAAUCGCCAAUGGAAGAUGUGGCUACCCCUAGAGCACCUGGACUUAUCAAACUAAACGACACAACUAGCACUGCUUCAAUUGAAAAGAUGGUGACCGGGUAUUCUACAGAACAAACUGCAGAGACAAAGGUACUAGUGACCGAUGUUACAUCAUUUGGAAUGGCCUCUGAGGGAAGUGGCACAGUGACUACUUCUAGUGGAGUCACUACUGUAGACAAACAAGAGUCGGUUACAGCUGUAACUCCUUCGUCUCCAAAACAGACGGAAUCGAAGAAAACAACAGAACAACCUAGUUAUCUACGUACUACUGUCAUAGGUGAAACGACAGGCCCGGACAAUACAGCAACAGAGGAGGAACUUUUCCAAACGACAAUGGAAGGAAGUGGAAUGGCACCUUCCCCCACGAUUGAAAUUCUUUCUACGACGAUCACUAUUGAAGAAGAAGCAACGGUUUCAAUGUCAACAACUAUAGGCAAGGAUAUAUCAAAAUCGCCAAUGGAAGAUGUGGCUACUCCUAGAGCACCUGGACUUAUCAAACUAAACGACACAACUAGCACUGCUUCAAUUGAAAAGAUGGUGACCGGGUAUUCUACAGAACAAACUGUGGAAACAAAGGUACUAGUGACCGAUGUUACAUCAUUUGGAAUGGUCUCUGAGGGAAGUGGCACAGUGACUACUUCUAGUGGAGUCACUACUGUAGACAAACAAGAGUCGGUUACAGCUGUAACUCCUUCGUCUCCAAAACAGACGGAAUCGAAGAAAACAACAGAACAACCUAGUUAUCUACGUACUACUGUCAUAGGUGAAACGACAGGCCAGGACAACACAGCAACAGAGGAGGAACUUUUCCAAACGACAAUGGAAGGAAGCGGAAUGGCACCUUCCCCCACGGUUGAAAUUCUUUCUACAACGAUCAGUAUUGAAGAGGAAGCAACGAUGUCAAUGUCAACUAUAGGCAAGGAUAUAUCAAAAUCGCCAAUGGAAGAUGUGGCUACUCCUAGAGCUCCUGGACUAAUCAAACUAAACGAGACAACUGUCACUGGGGAAACUGACAAAGUGGUGACAGAUUCUUCUACCGACCAAACAGGGGGCACACCACUGUCGCAAACUAGUGUAACUCCUACAUCUUCUAAACAGAUAGACUUGAAGGAAGCAACAGAAGAACCUAGUUAUAUUACUGUCAGUACUGAAAUGAGAGACUCAGAACAAACAGCAACACAGGAGCUAUUAUUCGAAACAACUAUGGAAGGAAGCGGAAUGUCAUCUUCCCCAACGAUUGAUAAUCUCUCUACAACUUUCACUAUUGAAAAGGAAUCAACGCCUACAACAGCGGGUUAUACUACAUAUGAAAUAACAAGCUCAAUACCAAUGGAAGUCCACACUACACCAUCAGCAAUCACUACUGCAGAAGGAUCAACGAUUUCCCCGUCAACAACUAUAGACGAGGAUAUAUCAAAAUCGCCAAUGGAAGAUGUGGCUACCCCUAGAGCACCUGGACUUAUCAAACUGAACGACACAACUAGCACUGUUUCAAUUGAAAAGAUGGUGACAGGGUAUUCUACAGAACAAACUGCAGAGACAAAGGUACUAGUGACCGAUGUUACAUCAUUUGGAACGGCCUCUGAGGGAAGUGGCACAGUGACUACUUCUAGUGGAGUCACUACUGUAGACAAACAAGAGUCGGUUACAGCUGUAACUCCUUCGUCUCCAAAACAGACGGAAUCGAAGAAAACAACAGCAGAAGAACCUAGUUAUCUACGUACUACUGUCAUUGGUGAAACGACAGGCCCAGACAACACAGCAACAGAGGAGGAACUUUUCCAAACGACAAUGGAAGGAAGCGGAAUGGCACCUUCCCCCACGGUUGAAAUUCUUUCUACAACGAUCAGUAUUGAAGAGGAAGCAACGAUGUCAAUGUCAACUAUAGGCAAGGAUAUAUCAAAAUCGCCAAUGGAAGAUGUGGCUACUCCUAGAGCACCUGGACUUAUCAAACUAAACGACACAACUAGCACUGCUUCAAUUGAAAAGAUGGUGACCGGGUAUUCUACAGAAGAAACUGCGGAGACAAAGGUACUAGUGACCGAUGUUACAUCAUUUGGAACGGCCUCUGAGGGAAGUGGCACAGUGACUACUUCUAGUGGAGUCACUACUGCAGACAAACAAGAGUCGGUUACAGCUGUAACUCCUUCGUCUCCAAAACAGACGGAAUCGAAGAAAACUACAGAAGAACCUAGUUAUACUACUCUCAGUACUGAAAUGAGAGAUUCAGAACAAACAGCAACACAGGACCUAUUAUUCGAAACAACUAUGGAAGGUAGCGGAAUGUCACCUUCCCCCACGAUUGAAAUUCUUUCUACAACGAUCAUUAUUGAAGAGGGAGCAACGAUUUCAAUGUCAUCAACUAUAGGCGAGGAUAUAUCAAAAUCGCCAAUGAAAGAUGUGGCUACUCCUAGAGCGCCUGGACUUAUCAAACUCAACGAAACAACUGUUACUGGGGAAACUGACAAAAUGGUGACCGAUUAUUCUACCGACCAAACAGGGGGCACACCACCGUCGCAAACUAGUGUAAAUCCUACAUCUUCUAAACAGAUAGAUUUGAAGGAAGCAACAGAAGAACCUAGUUAUAUUACUGUCAGUACUGAAAUGAGAGACUCUGAACAAACAGCAACACAGGAGCUAUUAUUCGAAACAACUAUGGAAGGAAGCGGAAUGGCACCUUCCCCCACGAUUGACAUUCUCUCUACAACGAUCACUAUUGAAGAGGAAGCAAUGAUGUCAAUGUCAACAACUAUAGGCAAGGAUAUAUCAAAAUCGCCAAUGGAAGAUGUGGCUACUCCUAGAGCACCUGGACUUAUCAAACUAAACGAGACAACUGUCACUGGGGAAACUGAAAAAUUGGUGACAGAUUCUUCUACCGACCAAACAGAGGGCGCAUCAUCUACAGAAGCUUUGACCACAGCAAUAUUUGUUUCCAACACUGACAAAGCUAGAACACAUUCACCUGGGAUGGCUAUAACUAUCCUCACAGAACAUGAAGUUCAAACCGAAGGUGCGACACUGAAGCCUACAUCAGGAUCUACGGAAUAUACACCAAGUCAUACUCUGGUAACCACAGACAAACUUGGCGUCCAGGAACUACACGGUAGACAGACUACCACACAGCUACCUUUGAAUACAAUUUACACUCAAAUUCCUUUAGAUACUCUGCCGUCUCAGACUACCAUAGAAGACUUUUCUACAAGUCACAUCAAGUCUCAAACUACAGGCAUAGUAAAAUCCCCAACCCCGAGAACACCUGACUUGUCCUCUGUCCCAUCGAUAUCAAACAGUCCGUCGGGCAAACCAACGGAAGUCACCAGCAUACCGACAGAAGAUAUGGAACAAUCAAGCUCUAUCCCAGUAACAUUUACAGGGAUUUCGACCAAUGCUGUCACUGACAAACCCAACGAAGUCGAAAGACACAGUGUGGUUCCUAGCGAGAAACCAACGGAAGAACUUGGAUCAGGAGAUACCGGAGAUCUCACCUUUACAACACCAUCAAAAUCAGAUCCGACUGUGACUUAUAAGCAGUCGAGUACCUGGUUUACCGUUGUAAAAGAACUAGAAGCUUCUACAUUAAGUAGUGGAGGCGUGGCAACUGGAAAGGAAGUCAACACCAGUGAUCUACUGUCAGCUACCGUGCAUACAACAGUAGCAAUUUCUCCAUCAGCUUCAGCGAAACUAUUCACAUCUUUGGUGGCUAAUAGAACGGUAACGGAGGAUGAUUCAGAAGUGACUGAAUUGCAGGAACCGAGCACCAGAUCACCAGACAAUGAGAAAAAGAUAGUCACCGGUGAUACUGAAUUGAGCUCUACAAUCCCUACAACUAAAAAACUGGAAGCUGAAACAAGUUCUAUUACGGAUGCGUCUCAGCAAGAAGGAAGUUUAGAAACCACACCAUCCACGACAUCAUCACCAACUCAUAGAAUUCAUACCACGUUAAAACAAGCGGUAAGCGAUCACACUGUCACAACUCGAAGAACUCCUAGCAGAAUAGUGUCGGAGCAAACGGAUCAGAACGAAAGCAUAUUGACACCAAAAAGUCCAGAAAAUGUUACUCCGACAGAAGGAGUCGACUCUCCUACGCCGAGGACAGCAGUCACUGACAUAAUAUUUGAUGGAAUAAACUAUAUAACGAAUAUGACGAUGACAACAUUAGGAGGAAUAUUUACAACAUCGCAGCCACCUGUAACUUCAUCAUAUAAAUUGUCUGAUUCAAAUAAAACUGAAGUACCACAGACAUCGGAAACGAAGUCAACUUUAAGCAGAAUUCUGGAGGCUGCAUCCACUCCAAGAAGCCAAACGGUGACUACAGCUGAGCUCUUUAUUGGAGAGGGGUCAGGGGAUGAAAGUACAAUGGUAUCAGGGCGUAGCCAACAACCUUCAACUGUAUUCACACUUUUGAGGACCAAUCGUAUUGACGAACACACCGUACCGUCAGAAACAACAGAAACACGGACAGGUCGUAUCAGGAUACCAUCAACUCCUCCGCCUCCCCCACCCUAUCCGCCAAUGAUGAGCACUCUGCAGCCUCCUCCAGUUGACAGCUCUACCUCCACGUCAUCACCACCAUCAUCACCUCCACGGGGCCUACCUCGUACAACUGCUACGAUGUCUUUCACGGGUGCCAGUGAUCUCCCGGUUGCACUGGUGGCCACAACAGAGACAGUCCUGGAGAGGACGGAAGAGCAGGAUGGGACCAGCGGAGAUAUGGAUGGAGAUACCAUUGCCGUUCCGUCAGCCUCCGUUCACCUUAAUCAACCGGGAUUUAUGGCCCGAAUACGAGAAUGUGGCCAGUGUGGGAAUGAAAUAUGUCCCGUCUGCGGUACGAAUGGCUUUACAUUUCAAUCCGAAUGUAAGCUCAACCAGACAGCGUGUUUACGAAGGAAAACUGGUCUACAAGUAGCUUAUCAAGGAGAAUGUAUAAAUGGAUUUCUCGAGCUAGUAAAAGGUGAUAUAAGCUGUCAAGACUUUGAGUGCCCCAUUACAUACAAUCCAGUAUGUGGAAGCGACAACAGGACUUACACCAAUAGUUGUGAACUUCAGAAAGCCACAAUAUGCUUGGAAGGUGGAGCUAGUAUUGAAAAAAUAUCGGAUGGAGUAUGUAAGACGAACACUUGAAGGAAACUGAUGUGUCUGAUAUUUAUAUAUGAUGAAAACUGAAGCGAGGUGAUGGGAUAGUGUUAACUUCAGUUGUGAAGUCUUUGUGAAACAUGCUUAUGUGCAAUGGUUGUGACAUUAGAGGUGAUAAGUUUUUUCCAAUGUCUUUUAAUGUCCUAUUAAAUGGAUGUUCAUCACAUCGACUGCUGGUGACAAGGACCAUGUUCUGCUAAAUGGUUCUGAAUGCUGCAGAGGAUGUCACGAGGUGAAAGGGGAUUUUUCAAAGUGUAAUACAGAAGAAAGAAAUAUACUAAUUUCUCUAAAAUUGGUGUGGGAGCUGCAACUUAAACCUCAAUGAUGGAAAGAAAUCUGAAACAUAUUGUAUUUGUUACUUUGCACACAUGUCUCACCAAGCAGUAAAAUAUUUCCUAAAACUGAAAUCAUUGAGUCGCGAGAACAUCUGAAGAGAUUGAACAUGUGAAAGAAUAAGGAAUAGAGGUUGCCAAUUGACCAUUCUUAAACAUUAAAAAGAAAUCAAUAUGCCUCUUACAGAAGAAAGGUGUAUAAUAAUUUUAAAAACGUCCUGCUGGAUAUUUAAUGUUGAUGCUUUAAUAAGUUAUAUCUUCUUUUACUGUGUUUAAUAUUUCAUGACUCUUUGCUCAUAAGAGCAAAACAAAACUGGCAAUGAUGAUCAAUCUUAAUCAUGGACAUUUUUAAAAGAAGAGCUUGCAGCAAUGAAAGCUCAAAAAGGAUUACUGCUGCCGUGAUGUGCUAUAUGAAUUGGCAGAUGCUGCUGUAUGUAUGUACGCCAUGAAGCAAUGCUGCAUUAUCAUUGAUAAUUAUUGUUUCUGUUGUACAUAUUUAUUGAUAAUGAUGAUAUGUAUUGAUAUAACUUAUUUUAGACAGGUGUUUGAAAUGGACAAAACAGAUAUAGUGUUGAUAAAGUAUAACUGCACUUUUUGAUAUUUUGAAUGAUCUUUUAACAAUGCAAGAAAUACAAAUUUUGACAAAUACAUAUGUAUGCUAGUAAUUGUUAUUUGACCUCACGCAAAUUUAGAUGAUAUACGGUGGAGAAUAGAGGGAAUAUAAAAGGAGAGAUGGUGUAAGGGAGAAAGAGAGUAGGAGACAGGGGGAGGGGUGAAGAAAGAGAGAUAUGAAGAUAGAAAGCGUGAGUUUUUUAUACUAAUAAUUCAUUCUAUUUCUUUACCGAACGUGAGCUUCUUUGUCAAUUUAUAUCAAUGAAGCAACUUACUUUAAGUGGAAUAUUAAAGAAGAAAAAAUGUAAGAAAUGAACACAUUCAUGAAUUAAUAAUUACAUGUCAAUUAUUUAAUUACCAGAAUAUAUUCUGUUGGUUUUAAUGCAGAUAAUGUAUACUUUCUUGCAUGUUUUGGAAAGAUCGCAGGAGAAAAGGCUAGAUAAUAAUAGCAAUAUGAUCAAGUCUUCCUAAUACAUCUACAACUUUCUAUGUGUGAAUAGUUUGAAUCAUAAUUGCAACACCUUGAUAUUGUGAUAAGUGCCUUGUUGAAGUAAUCGUCUCAAAAUGUCAAUGAAAAACUAUGCAUUCAAUGUUUGCGAUUGUUACAUUUAAAUACGAGUCUCUCCUACGCAAUAGAACAUAGCAAGAAUGCAUAAGCAUUUAUAUCUGAUAUUGUAUAAUGAUAAUUUCUUGGUGAAAUUAAUUGUAAUGUAAGAAUUGUCAAUAUGUAUGGUUUUGUUAAAAACAUAUCAUGUUAAAGGAGUAAAAUCAUAUUUUUACUUUUAUAUGAUGUCGUUUUGAUAUAAAAAUGUUUCCUCUUCUUUCAAAGCACUUAUGACUGUACUAACAAUAUGAGAAGUGUGGAGAGUGAGACGUAAAAUUUAUAAUAAAUGUAUGACAAUUAAUGAAAA